AUGCGUGGGUUGAGCUCCUCCGACGACGAGGAGAAGCGCAAACACUCGCCCAGCCACCGGCAACAACGUCGCGCCUCUCGCUCCUCCUCCUCCUCGAACCCCACAUCGACCCGCUAUCUCGCGACCGUCCUCGCUCUCGCCGCAGCCGCAUGCUUGUGGCGCUUGACCGAUACCCACGGCUCGGGCAACGAUGCUCGCGCACGCUCGCUCGGCAAGGUUGGGCGGCUGACGGAGUCUGAGCGGUCGGCUUGGGAGGCAGUUAUCGAGCGGUGCGAGGACUUGCACAGGCUGCCCGGGGUGUCCGAGUCGCACUGGAGGCGGAAAGAGUCGGACAGAUUCCAGCCCGGAACGAAACCGACCCUCAUCCGCAACGCGACAAUUUGGACGGGCGAAGACGAUGGCAAGGAGAUCCUGUACAACACGGAUGUCCUCCUGGACCGCGGCUUGAUCGUCAAGAUGGGCGAGAAUCUCGAUGGAGGACUCGACGGACUCGAAACGGUGGAUGCCGACGGUGCUUGGGUGACCCCCGGCAUCUUCGACAUGCAUUCGCACAUCGGGGUCGACAGCUCGCCCGGAUUUUCCGCUACGGACGACACAAACUCGCUUGCAGCGCCGGUUCUUCCUUAUCUUCGCUCGCUCGACGGCAUCAACGGUCAUGACCUCGCCUACCGCCGAACCGUCGCGGGCGGCGUCACCACCUCGCUCAUCCUCCCCGGCUCAGCAAACAACGUCGGAGGUCAGGCCUUCGUAAUCAAGCUCCGACCUACGGCCGAGCGCACCAUCGACUCGCUCGUGCUCGAGAUGCCGUGGAACGUGAAGCUGCCGAGCGGCGAGCGGAAGUCGAAGGGAGAUCCGCCUCGCUGGCGUCACAUGAAGAUGGCUUGCGGAGAGAACAUCCGGAACGUGUACCACCAAACCCGCCUAGACCUUUCCUGGAACUUCCGCUCGAACUUCGACGCCGCUCGGUCGCUCAAGCAGAAGCAGGACAAGUUCUGCUCGCGCGCUCUCGCUGCGCAGGAGGAUGGCCCUUACUUGAUGGACGACAAGGGCGACGUCGAGGACUUUCCGGAUGAUUUGAAGCUUGAAGCUCUCGUCGAUGUCCUUCGCGGCAAGGUCAAGGUCAACACGCAUUGCUACGAGACGACCGACCUGAACGCUUUCAUCCGGCACACCGUAGAGUUCGAGUUCCCCGUUGCUGCCUUUCACCACGCCCACGAGACGUACCUCGUGCCCGACCUGCUCAAGUCGGCCUGGCCUGGUAACGGCUCUGCGACGCCUGCCGUCGCGAUCUUCUCGACGAACGGCCGCUACAAGCGCGAAGCCUGGCGCGGCAGCGACUACGCCGGCAAGGUCUUGUCGGAGCAGGGCAUCGACGUGAUCUACAAGUCGGACCACCCAGUCUCGGAUUCUCGUCAUGUCCUGUACCAAGCCCAACAAGGCCAUCAUUUCGGCUUGCCCGCACACCUCGCCUUGGCUUCCGUCAUCUCGACUCCCGCUCGUCGCGCGGGCUUUGACCACCGCAUCGGAUACAUGCGCCAGAACUACGACGCCGACGUUGUAUUGUGGUCGGCUCACCCUCUCUCGCUCGGCGCGACUCCUCAGCAAGUUUGGAUCGACGGCAUCCCCCAGAUCGUCGAGUCGUUCCCGCCUGCGACGCCUACGGAAGAGGAGACAACGCGCAGACACGGUCCGCCGCAGGCCAGCUUGCCCAAGGACUUUGACCCGACGCGGGAGCAGGAGGACGACGACUUUUCCUUCCUGAACCCCGGCCAGUCGAAGCACGCCAAGGGACCUGCUUUUGUUGACAGCGUCAAGUUCGUCGACGUCUCCGAGGUCCUCCUGCCUGGCGAGCACGGUGGCGAGCUCGCAUCGAUUGCGGAGGAAAAGCGAGUACACCCGCCCUUCCAGGUCGUCGUCGAGGACGGCAAGAUCUCGUGCAUGGCCAAGAGCUGUGAGACUGGCAGGCGCACCCCUGUCGUCAACUUGCACGGUGGAAGCCUCCUUCCGACGUUCACCUCGUUCGGCGCCGCCCUCGGAUUGACCGAAAUCAUCGCGGAGAAGUCGACGACUGAAGCUGCCGUCUGGGAUCCGCUCCUCAAUCCAAAGCUUUCCGAGACACAGCAGAAGGUCGCUGCGCACGUCGGCGUCAAGGCUAUCAACGCGCUCAGUUUUGGCGGCAAGCAUCUGAAGACGGCUGCAGAGAACGGCGUUGGCAAGGCGGUCACGGCGCUUAUAAGCAACGACUUCCUCGGUGGCUUGAGCGUUGCUUUCCGUACAGGUGCUGGCAACAUCCUCGAGGACGGAGCUAUCAUCAAGGAAGUGUCGGCCGUCCACGUCGCCAUCGGUCACUUCGGCUCAGCUGCGCCGGUCGCUGUCGAAGUUGCUGCUCUGCGGCGCCUCCUCACGCGCACGUCGGACGUUUCCGAUCGAGGGUCGCUUGAUGAGCCUCAUCGUCACGCCUUUGAUGAGGUAUCGUCCGGCAAGCUUCCGCUCGUCAUUAAGGUGGACAAGGCAGACGUGAUCGCGACUUUGCUGAGGCUGAAGGAGGAGGUCGAGAAGGAUGGAGGUACCGAGCAGCGGUGGAUCAUCGCUGGAGGACAGGAAGCCCACCUCCUCGCCUCUGAACUCGCCGCAGCCAACAUCGCCGUCAUCCUUACCUCUCCUCGCGCCUUCCCGACUACCUGGGACCGUCGUCGCGGCCUUCCCGGCCCGCCUCUCACGCCGGAUACGCCAGCGGUCGUCCUGCACAAGGCCGGCGUUCGCGUCGCAUUCGGCAUUGAGGAGGAGUGGCAGGCUCGACUCGUCAUGUGGGAGGCGGCGUGGGCGCAGAAGCUCUCGCGUGGGCAUGUCUCGAGGGAGGAGGCGGUCGCAUGGAUCUCGACGAACUUUGACGAGAUGUUCGGCCUCGAGCAGGAGAAGGACGGCAAGGUCGACUUCGUCGCCUUCGAACGGGAUCCUUUCGAGUUCGGCUCUCGUGUCGUUGCGACCUCCGCCGGCUCGCAGGUCAAGAUCUUGCCGUAG